CCGUCCUGGAGCGGAGGGGCGGCUUUCCCAGCGAUCCUCGCGACACGGAAGUCUCCUGUCCGGCGUGUCUCGGAUAGAGCGGCGAUGCCGACCGGGGACUACGACUCCAAGCCCAGCUGGGCAGACCAAGUGGAAGAGGAAGGGGGAGACGAUGACAAGUGCAUCACCAGUGAACUGCUGAAGGACAUUCCCCUGACUGAAGUGCUGAGCGGAGGGCUAAGCGCUGAGCCAGAGCUGGUGAAAGGAGAACCUCUUCCAUCCCCCAAGGAGCUUAUUAAUGGCAACAUCAAAACUGUGACCGAGUACAGAGAAGAGGAAGAUGGCCGCAAGGUGAAGAUCAUUCGCACAUUUCGAAUUGAGACCCGGAAGGCAUCCAAGGCCGUGGCAAGGCGAAAGAACUGGAAGAAGUUCGGCAACUCAGAAUUUGAUGCUCCUGGCCCAAAUGUGGCCACUACCACUGUGAGCGACGAUGUCUUCAUGACUUUCAUCACCAGCAAGGAGGACUUGAACUGCCAAGAGGAGGAGGACCCCAUGAACAAGCUCAAAGGGGGGAAGAUCGUGUCCUGCCGCAUCUGCAAGGGUGACCACUGGACUACUCGCUGCCCUUACAAGGACACGCUUGGACCCAUGCAGAAGGAGCUGGCAGAGCAGCUGGGGCUGUCCACAGGCGAGAAGGAGAAGCUGCCCGGAGAGCCAGAGCCAGUGCAAGCCCAGCAGAGCAAGACUGGGAAAUAUGUGCCUCCCAGCCUGAGAGAUGGAGCUGUCCGGAGAGGGGAGUCGAUGCAGCUCAACAGGAGAGCUGACGACAAUGCCACCAUCCGGGUCACCAAUCUGUCUGAGGACACACGAGAGACUGACCUUCAGGAGCUCUUCCGUCCUUUCGGGUCCAUCUCCCGCAUCUACCUGGCCAAGGACAAAGCCACUGGCCAAUCCAAGGGCUUUGCCUUCAUCAGCUUCCACCGCCGCGAGGAUGCAGCCAGAGCGAUUCAAGGGGUGUCUGGUUUUGGCUACGAUCACCUGAUCCUGAAUGUCGAAUGGGCCAAGCCUUCCACCAACUGAGCCCUGCUGCCUUGCCUCGAUCCUCGGAAAUGACCUUCCAUUUUAGCUGGACACGUUGGUUUCUAAUAAAGGUUCCGCUCAGUUUC